AAACAUGGAGUGAUAAAUUUGAAGCCGGAGGAUCGGGACGGAAGAUAGAAAUCUGAGAGACAGAUCCCGCCGCCGUCGGAGGGCGUAAUUUCCCGAUAUGUUAUCUGCGCUGCUUAAUAUUGAUUGCAGCCUAAAUGGAAGCAGAGCGCAGGGAGAAAAGCUAUUGAGCGAUCUGAGCACGUGGAGAAUUGGGGGACCCUGCAAAUUCUUUGUUCAAGUCUCCGAUCACCACCAGCUUGCUUCAUCUCUUAGGCACUGCAAUGAGCAGUCGAUGAGAUACAUUGUGAUCGGUAAAGGCUCCAACUGCCUGUUUGAUGACCUCGGAUUCGAUGGAUGCGUUAUCCGAAAUAGCAUUGUGUUUUUAGAGAGGAAUGAGCCUUGUCUCUUCAGAGCUGGAAGCGGCUACCCCUUCAAUCGCCUCGGCCUCCAGACCGCAAAUGAGGGCUUUUCAGGGCUUGAAUUUGCCGCAGGCAUCCCGGGAACGGUUGGCGGCGCCGCUUACAUGAAUGCCGGAGCAAAUGGACAGGAAACGGCUGAUGCUGUGGAAAGCGUUGAGAUUAUGACGAGGGAAGGCGAGUACGUGAUUUUAAACCGAAGCGAACUCGGUUUUGGAUACCGAUGGUCUUCGUUUCGAGACAUGAAGGAAUUGGCUGCUAUAACUGCUGUCACUUUCAAACUGAAGGUGUCUAAAACAGCUAAGAAAAACCAGCAAGAAUACAUGGAAAGGAGGAGACGCAGCCAGCCAUUAGAGGAGGCAAGUGCUGGCUCGGUGUUUCGCAAUCCAGAGGGGGCGGAUUUGUCAGCAGCGCAGCUGAUUGAGAGGGCUGGGUUGAAAGGAUGCAGAGUCGGAGGGGCUGUGAUCUCCGAGAAGCACGCCAAUUUCUUCAUCAACCGCAGUGGUGCAACUAGUGGCGACAUGCUUCGACUCAUUGACUUGGCUAAGGAGGCUGUGUGGAGGCAGUUUGGCAUUGAGCUUCAACAAGAAGUCCUGUAUAUUCCUCCAUGAUUUCGGUUGUAGUAAUAAAGUAGACAAUACUAAGCUGCUAUGUUGCUAAAGUAGUAGAAAAAAAUCAACUGUACAAUAUAGUAAGAGUUGGGAAUGUAGGAUGUGUGGAUCAUUUGAUUAAAUCAGUAGAAAUGGUGUCAUCUUCAUCGGUCUUCGUUUCAUUCGUUCCUGAGGUUAGGGCUUUAGUGAUGGCGUGCGCGAGUAUUCCAACCGGACAAAAUAGGAGACACAUCAACACAGAAUGCCGCGUCUCUAUAUUGUUCUGCAGUCCAUCGCCGUAAACUUG